AAAGAAUUAAGGAUGGUAGCAGUGGAGAUGUUGCUGUUGAUCAAUAUCACCGCUAUAAGGGAGAUGUGGCGAUAAUGAAGAAUAUGGGGGUGGAUGCUUAUAGGAUGUCUAUCUCAUGGUCGAGAUUGUUACCAAAUGGAACGCUAAGUGGGGGCGUGAAUAUGGAUGGGAUCAACCAUUACAACAAUUUCAUCAAUGAACUCAUACGUAACGGUCUAACACCAUUUGUAACAAUCUUCCAUUGGGAUCUUCCCCAAGCUUUGGAGGACGAAUAUGGUGGUUUCUUAAGCCCUAAAAUUGUCGAUCAUUUUAGAGCAUAUGCAAAACUUUGUUUUGAGAACUUUGGCGAUCGAGUAAAACACUGGAUCACGUUGAAUGAGCCAUACACCUUUAGUAUUCAUGGUUAUGCAUACGGAUCCCACGCACCGGGACGAUGCUCUGCUUGGCAAAAGCUAAACUGCACUGGUGGAGAUUCGGCCACUGAACCAUAUUUGGUGACACAUCACCAACUCCUUGCUCAUGCAGCCGCUGUAAAAUUGUAUAAAGAUAAAUAUCAGGCAUCUCAAAAUGGCUCAAUAGGAAUAACAUUGACGGCACGUUGGUUUGAGCCUACUUCGGAGGCAAUAACGGAUAUAAAUGCUGCAUUUCGAGCUUUGGAUUUUUUUAUUGGAUGGUUUAUGGACCCAUUGACAAACGGUGACUAUCCGCAUAGUAUGCGGUCAAAUGUCAGAGAACGAUUACCAAAAUUCACGAAAGAAGAAUCCAAGUUACUAAAAGGGUCAUUUGAUUUUAUUGGAAUAAAUUACUAUACUGCUAGAUAUGCAAGUAAUGAACAUGACAUUAUUUCUGCACAUGAAUGCUGCUUAACAGAUCCUCACGUUAAUAUUACAA